GCGUUUAUAGAGCCUCGAACUUCGACACCGUAAGGAAAAAAAAAUAUGCCAAUUCAGUUGGUUUCUAGCUACGACGACGACUGUUUCGAAAAUAUUAUCACCGGUGGAGCUCGAAGAACUCGUUAAUAACGUCGGUUGACAAAUUUUAUGCAGAUAUCGAGAAUUACCGGUGAGUAAAAUUAAACAGAAAAAUGUCAAAGGUGUACUCGGCGGCAGAGGUAGCGAAACACAACACGGCUAAGGAUCUAUGGAUCGUGUAUCAAAACGGCGUGUACGAUAUUACAAAAUUUUUAAGCGAGCAUCCAGGCGGGGAGGAAGUCUUGUUGAAUUUAGGUGGACAAGACGCGACGAUAUGUUUCGACGACAUUGGACACACCACCGAAGCUAUACAACUUCGUGAGAACUACAAAAUUGGAACGGUGGAUGGUAGCCUUUCCGGAGACACGACAUCUUCCCCAGGCACGUCUUCUGGCGGCGUGCAAGACACAGUAGACGACGACACCUGGGAAUAUGAGCCACCGAAGCACGAACGGUCACCGUGGCUACCGGUGAUGAUCGCAGUUGCUGUUGUCGUCUAUGCAUCUAUAUUUUAUUACUUCUGGUACUCGUAAAGGAGAUAAAGUCAGGAUAAAUGCGCGAUCUUGACGAAUAAAACGAUUAUUCGUUUGUACGAA